CAACGAUCGCGUAUGACAAUCUCCUGCCCCUAUUCUCCAGCUUGAGUGUCGAAAAGGCCGUCCGAAGUCAUGAACCGCCGGAGUGUUGAGCCUGUUUCUGCGCUGUCCUCGGCAGGCGGCCUGAAUAAGGGCCAGCAGGGGAAAUGGGGCAGCGCCUGUGCUGUGUGCGCGACCGCCAAGGCCAAAUGUCUCCGCAGCAGUGAUGAGCCGGGUGUUCCAUGUGACAGAUGCAGGCGCCUGGGCAAGGACUGUACAGGGCAGGUCCAUCUGCCCCGCAAGAAGCGAACACCCAAGGCUUCGAAAACCUUACAACUUGAGGAACGGCUAAAUGGACUCGUCGACCUCCUCCGGGCCUCAGCCUCAGGGGAGUUCCCAUCGAAUGGAUCGAGGACCAGACAAAGCUCGUCGUCCCAGCAUGAGGAUGAGCCUGGCUCAUCACAAGGGCCUUCUCCGGACUCUAAUGCUACAUCGAAUGUCACCCGCGUUUCCCAGUCUUGGAACAAGCAUGCCCCUCCACGAUGCAUUUGUCGAGCCCAAGCCAGCGACGUGCCUCUCCAGACACGUUCAGACAAGGAGCUGUUAGCAAUCUACCAGAAAGACCUCAUGCCCGUCUUCCCCUUUGUGGUAUUCCCGCCAGACAUGACUCCAGAGCGCCUCAAGACUGAGCGCCCCUUCUUGUUCUCUGCCAUCCGGAUGGCCGCCUCCAUAUCGGAUGUGAGCUCAAUGCGUGGGCAGAUGUUCACCUUGACUCAGCAACUGGCGAAUGAGAUGAUGGUCGAGUCGAACCGUUCAAUGGACCUUCUGCAGGGGAUACUAGUGAUGUUAGCCUGGUACCAAAACCACUGCCUCAUGCACGCUCAGCUCAACAACCUCCUACAUCUGGCUCAGGCCUUGCUGGCCGACCUGGGGCUGAACAGAUCACCGGAAAUUCAGGAGAGGUCCAACGUAAUGGUUUUGAAUCCAACUACACCUAACCUAACGACCAAUGAAGACAGACGGGCAAUACUAGGUGUCUGGUUGCUGAGCUCGUCGGUUGCUACUGGUUUGAUGAAGGCGCUGCCUAUGAGGUUUUCGAAGCACACGAGACAGUGUCUUGAGGAUCUGGAGAGGAUGUCCGAGUACGAGUCGGAUCUGUUGCUGGUGCAUCUUGUCAAGGUACAACGCCUCACCGAGCGGAUACAUAAUUGGGCGUCCCAAGAGGAUGACGAUGACGAAAUUUCGAGCUGUCUCAAAGCGCCUCCGGCAGCCUACCAAGUUGCCUUCCACGGCGAGAUUGGUAGGCUUCAGUCAUCAUUGCCUGCCAGCUUGGCUGGUAACAGAUUGCUUGAGGUCAAAUUCGCGUUUGUUACCCUUCACCUGAACGAGCCACCACCGAUCGAUACGGAAAGUCUGAAGAAGCUAGAGGAUUCACUCAACUCUGUCGCACUCAAUGGCUCAUCGUCUCUCGAUGCUCUGUAUCGUGCCCAAUACGCACUCAAGGGCUUCUUCGAGAAAUGGUUCGAGAUGCCCACAGACUUCUAUACUUCUAUGCCAAUGUUCGUACUUCUCGAAGUCGUCUAUGCGAUGACAAUGCUUGCUCGAUGGGCAAAACUCUUAGGUCCGGGCAAAGCUCGGAGAGGAAACACGACUCAAGACAUCUUGGUUCCGCAGAAGAUCCUGUGGGAUCCUUCGGCGGUGCCGUCCCCUCAAAGCACAUUUGGCGCCGGUCUUGCCCCUCUCAACCCAUCCCAAACAAGAAACGAGACCGCAUCUAGAUCAACGGACUCAUCAACAGCGAGCCGAGGCUCCAACCUGACGAAGCUUCCGCCGCCCAUCACCGACCCAACACAGAUAUCAGCCUCUCAGUUCCGCGAGGUUUCUGACCCGACUAUAACAGGUGUCAUUGCUUCCCUCAGGACCAAGCUUCACAUGCAGCCAGGCCUCAACAUUGACAUCAUCGGCAUACUUUCAAGCCUGGCAGAGCGCUGUGAACAGGUACACCAAGAGCUCACAGAGAGCCGCGCAGGUGACGCAUGGCACAAUGACGUGUGGUACCUCUAUUCGAAGAAAGUCUUGAUCACCCGUGCCAAACUGGAGAAAUGGGCUGAAAUUGUAGCUGUCGGUGGUAUGCCGGCAAUGCGAACCGCCGAUCCCGCGAAGCAGACCCCAGGAGCGCAAGCAGGAGCCGACGUUUCGACAGCGCAGGGCCAGAAUGCUGUCGCUGGUGGACAGCAGCCCUUCUCCAAUGUGGAGAUCGCUGCAUUUCAGAAGCAAAUGGAAAUCGCUGAGCAAGGCGUCUGGCCACCGGAUUCGACAGCAACACCAUGGCAAUUCGACGGCAUGUGGGCCAACGAGAUGUUUGAUUCCCUGGAUCCAGGUCUCUGGCUGAAUGAUGGUAAUGAUUGGGGCAUGGCCUUAUUAGGCCCGAUACAGGACAAUCAGUUCACACUUUAAUGCUUUCGAGGGUUUAGAGCUGAUACUUCUGCCGGCCUGAAUGCCCAGACCUUCGACGAGGUGUGCACUGAGCAGCGCAACUUUGUAUCUGGCCUCCGCUCUCCGGCAACCCAACUACUGGCACCUCGAACUUGCCCUGGAAGUUGACGGAAUCGAGAACCAGGGCUGGCGAGCUUUUCCCUGCGGCUACCUGCGGCGGACGCUGCCCAGGUGGCGGAAGCGCC